AUGUCUUCCGACGAGGAAAUGCCAAAUCAAGAAGAGUCCCAAAAUGAAGAUUUGCAGUUAGCCUUUGUUACGAUGUUAGAAGUCUACAAAAUUAUUCUGGAUAAAAAAAUGACACCUCCCGUUAAGUCUGCCAAAGACAAAGCACUUAAAGAAUUCACAGAGACGUAUAACAGAAAUACAAAACAAAAUUUAGAUGCAAAACAAGUAUUAAAAAAAGUUAAUAAUAUGAAAAGAGGUGUAACUGCGUUCACUAGUCAAGACGUUGAUAUAUGAUUGACCGAUGAAGAGAAUCAAAUACCUUUUUGUGAUGAUAAAGAAUUAAUGGCUAAAUUACGAAAGAAAUUACUACUUCAACAAAUCAACACUGCCGCAGCUCAAGAAAAAGCUGCUAUAGCUCAAGAAAAGGCCGCUCUAGCUGUCGAAAGGACCGCAGGAGCUGUAGAGCAAUUCGUAGAAGAUUACUUUGCACGACAACAGGCGAGCUUUUGAAUUCAUUUGGAUUCAAAAAUACCUACUGAUUAAUAUGUUUUUUUUUUGUUAAAAG